AUGAUGCUGCUGAUAUGGAAUAAGUGCUCCUGCUGUCUCUUCUUACUAGCCGUGAUCCUGAUGGUGGAGAGCUCCCAGCUAGACAGCUCCAGCUCCAAGGUGAACUCGAUCAAGUCAACUCUGAUGGGGGAGGCUCCAACGCAGGCAACCAACAAAUCUGCAGGCAUCCACCAGGGACUGGCACUUGGGAGCAGUAAGAAGGGCAAAAUCCUAGGGCAGAUGGGAAAACCUCCAAAGCACCAUCAUCGGCAAGGAGAGGCAUACCCUUGCACUAAUGAUAAGGAAUGUGAAGUUGGGAGAUACUGCCAUAGCCCUCAUCAAGCUACUUCUGCCUGCAUGAUCUGCAGAAGGAAAAAGAAGCGUUGCCACAGAGACGGCAUGUGCUGCCCUGGGAACCGCUGUAACAAUGGUAUUUGCAUACCAGUAACUGAAAGCAUCCUUACUCCACACAUCCCCGCUCUGGAAGGACCACGCAACAAGAAAAAUGGUCUUUAUUCUAGCAAGGAUUUGGGAUGGCAGAAUCUAGGGAGACCACAGUCCAAGCUGUCACACAUAAAAGGGCAUGAAGGAGACCCCUGCUUACGAUCAUCAGACUGCAUUGAGGGGUAUUGCUGUGCUCGCCAUUUCUGGACCAAAAUUUGCAAACCUGUGUUGCAUCAGGGGGAGGUGUGUACCAAACAGCGCAAGAAAGGCUCUCACGGCUUGGAGAUUUUCCAGCGAUGUGACUGUGCUAAAGGGCUGUCUUGCAAAGUAUGGAAAGAUGCCACUUAUUCUUCUAAAUCAAGACUUCAUGUAUGUCAGAAAAUCUGAAUGAGGAUUGGAAAAAUGUUACUAACAGACUGUGAAUUUGUGUAUUUGCAUUGCAGCAUGGUUGGAAAUGAGGAUUGUAAAUAAACACAGAAUGGUUAAAGUAAUGAUUGUGGUAGGAAUAGAAAUCACCCCAAACUGCAUUUGUUUUGAACUGGAGGUCAAUGCGAUGGCGGCUGGAGUUUUUCCAUUAUGCAACUUCUUUGUGUAAAUAAUUUCGACAGUUUGUGGAAAAAAACUAUUAUAAAAAAGCACAAUGGAAAUUAUUGACAUUUAUCAAGCUGCAUGGUCCCAUGACUGUUCAAGAGUUCAGUGUUAGGGGUGGGAUAGGUUUCCACCGUGGUAAUAGACUGUUAAAUAAAUUGUAUACAGCAUAUUCCAACACAAAGCAGUGCUUUACAGGAAGACUUUUUCUGUCAACACAUUAUUGGCUACUAAAAUAUUAGUGAUAAAUUGCAGCUGUUAGAGAUGGGAAUAAAAGUUACUGUGAAUGUCCAUACACCUUGUUAAUCAGGGCUGUCACUUGAAAAAGGAAAGCACUCCUGCAGGGCAAGAGUGCUGGAUUUUGCAGGCCCCAGUGGGAGUGGCAAAAUCUCAUCACACAGUGAUUUCAAAACACCAGUGGCAGUUCUUCUGAUCAGAGGCAUUUAAACAGGGUUUUUUUUGUUUAAAAUAUAUAUAUAAUUCUAUAAAUAUUUAAACUGAAAUGCCUUAAUCGGUUCAUCUUCAGUUACUAUAAUUAAUAGCUUGUAUUUGUCUCGGUAUACUGCUAGCAUACAUGGGCUGAGCAGAUAAAGCAAAAUAUGUGCAUGAUGCAUCCAGAAUGAUACCCAUUCAGUUGCUCGUAGACCUACUAAAUAUAGUUUUCUUGUCAGAACGUUCUUGCAUUAUGGAUAGUUCCAUAAAGGUAAUAUUUUGAAAAGUUAUGAACAUCUGAAUAUGGAAGGUUAUAACAGAAAUUGUUUUGCAACCUUAACUAUAAGAGAUGCUGCCUGCAUCUGCUACAGUUAGAUUGUAUGCUAAUAAAUUAAAUGUUUUAUACUAUAACAGUAACAAUAGGCUGUUAGUGUAAAUCUGGUUCUUCCAUGAUUUGGAGAAGCUAAAAUGGAUUGGAUUCACCUUGCACAGUUAGCAAAAAAAUUAAAAAGUUGACUUUUGCAAGCAUCUCAUCGCCUCUCCUAAAGAACAGACAGUAACAUGUGAUGCUGUCAUCUAUGACAUGCUGCGAGAUGUCAUGUGAUGUGACACAACAGCUCAGACUGAAAAGAGAACAGGUUCUGGUUGAAUGCAUGUUAACAGUUUGGAUAUUGUUGUGAACAGUGGAUUCACAUUGACUACAGUGGAUAAAGAAAUCUGUUAACAUAACUACCCUGUUUGUGAACUGGCUAAAACGAAGGAUGUCCACCAUCUGACUUCUCUCUUAAUGUCUUUGCACCUCCUCUUACUUUGCUCACUUAUUUUAAGGAAUGUUAUCUGUGUAAAAGUAAGUAAAGAGACUGGAAUUUCUUUUUAAAAUAGCGGAUUAUAUAAUUAACUUACUGAACUAUCUGUUUCCACAUUUUAUAAGACAAUGGCUCUCCCCUUUGAUUAAUCAGUUCCAAACAGCUUGUGUACAGCAGAGUAGUUUACUUUAAUUGUGAAGACCAACUUUUGACUUCCCCUCUCUCCCCCUUUAUGGCACCUUUCCCCACUCUUGCAUUUCGGUACCAGUGCCUUUUGUACAAAUAAUGGUUCAUGUAAAUCUUCUGACUCAAACUUUCUUACUGGAAAUCAGAUCUGAACUACGCUUCCUGUAUCUCUGAUAAGAAUCUAAAUUCCAACGUAUAUACCGGAUUAAAGAGAAUGAUUUAUAGGAUAAUAUUUUUCAUAUGCAAGCCACUUUUUAUUGUUAAAAAGGGAAUGAUCUGUAGAGAGAGGCUCUCGUAUUCCUUAAAAAGUGAUGAUCCGAUUCCAAUCUCACUGUCACAAGUGCUACAUUACUGCAACUCCGGUGACUUCAAUGGAGUUACUUCAGUGCAACUGAGAACAGAAAUAAAGUCUGGAAAGUGAAUCAUUUCAGCAGAACAACUGAAAUAUAGAGGUCAAGUCCGAAACCCUUUCGUACACCAUAACAGCACAUGCAUAUAAGAUCAGUCUCACUGACUUUAGUGUGUCUACUCGAUGUGAGUAGGGAGUUGAAGAAUUGUCCCCCCUAGUGAUUUGCAUCUUAUGUCCUGACUUCUGCAUAACCUCCCCUUCUCCGCACAAAACGUAGUAUUUGGAGUAAUUUAUUUACAGGAAAUGUUUAAUGAGAUGUAUUUUCUUAUAGAGAUAUUUC